AUGCUGGAGAGCCACAGCAGCAGCAGGGUGUGCCUGACUCUCCCCAUGUCUCAGGUGAACUGCACCACCACAGGAGCCGAAGAGCCUCCUGCCUGUUCGGUGGCUUCGGAGAUGAUAUUGUCAUCCAGACGUCAGGAUUUGGUCUGCAUCGUGUGCUUCAGCAGCUACGACCUAGCGGCGCGGUUACCACGCAGACUGCACUGUGGCCACGCCUUCUGCCAGAUGUGCCUGAAGAGACUUGAUGCUGUCAUCAAUGAACAGGUGUGGAUUCCGUGUCCUCAGUGCCGGCAAAACACUCCUCGGCCCAGAGGUGGCGCAGCCUGUCUGGACCUGGACUUGGCCUUGUUUCUGGGAGUCAAAUCUCAGCAGACCAUCACAUCUGCACAUCCAUCCAUCUUCAGAGGGGAGGCACAGGGCGAGGCAGCGAGACAUGCCAAGUGGUUGGAGGAGAAGGAGGCAACAGAAGAUGGAUGGGCUCAUGGAGGUCUGGCUGAACCACGGUUCCAACGGUACAAAAACUGCUGCCCCCUCAUGGCCUGCUGGCUCUGCUGCUGGACCGGCUGCCCUGGGAGGGUCUAGUGGGUGUGGCUAGUGGAUGGGACAUGCACAGAUGGCAAU